AUGGCACCAGAUACAUCAAUGCAUAGGAUUAUUGCAGAUAUUAUUCAAGAACUUAAAUAUAGGAGCUUCUAUUACGAAGGAAACUCCAAAUUCUCCAACAGUUCUGAUCAAAAUGAACCAAAUGACUGGAGUGAGUUCAUAACGAACGACUUACCUAAGAAAAAUAACCUUAAUGUUGAGUUUAACACUGACAAUUACUCGUGGAUCCAAGACGGUGAAUUUGUCACAAUAUCUAUACCAAACAACGGACGUUUCGAUGCAGACAGCUUUGAUAUCAAUGAUGUAUUCAUAAAUUCUCCAACUAUUUCUGGUAAUUGGUCUUCUACAAUUUCGGAAGUCUCAGUUAGCGGAAAUGAAAUCAUAGAGAUCACAUUUGUUAUAAACGAAGAUGAAAAGUUCCUAUUCAAGGGUGGAAAUGUUGAUUCUCAAGCUGCUUACAAUUUUUCAUUAAUUUCAAGAGAAUACAAGCCAGAAUGUUACGAAUACUGGGCAAAGAAGUCAGCAAAUACAGGAUUUGCCCCAGCAUGCAAAGAUCUCGGCGAAUACUACACACAAAAAGAUGAUCCCGAGCAAGCAAGUUAUUGGUACUGGAAAGGCGCUGUCGAACAUAAAGAUCCCGAAUCUCUUGCAAGAGUUGCCGCAUACAUUUCACAACCAAACGCAAAAGAGUACGAUCCUUACUUAGCAGAAGAUAUUUUACUUUACUUAGCCAAUUCUGGAUACUCUGACUCUCUUUAUCCUCUUGCCUGCAUGCAUCUCAAUCCAAUCAAAGGAUUCAAGUCAGAUCCAAGUCUUGGAUUCAAAUACCUCAAAGAUGCAGUUGAAGAAACACAAGAUAAUGAUGCAAAGAAGAUGCUUGCAAUGUGCUAUUUGUAUGGAAAUGGCACUGAGAAGAAUGAAGAAGAAGCACGUCGUGUUUUAUCUGAUAACAACAACAGUAAUCUUAACUCUGAAUUCGAAAAACUCAAAAUUGCUGCAGACGAAGCAGAAAAACAGAGACAAGAAGAAGCUAAAAGAAUUGAAGAAGAAAAUGAAAAGAAGAGAAAAGAGGAAGAAGAAAGAAAGCUUGCUGAAGAAGCAGAAAAGAAGAGACAAGAAGAAGAAAGAAGAAUUGAAGAGGAAAAGAAGAGAAAAGCUGAAGAAGAAGAAAGACAAAGAAAACUUGCUGAAGAAGAGGAAAAGAAGAGAUUAGAAGAGGAAGAAAAACAAAGACAAGAAGAAGCCAAAAGAAUAGAAGAAGAAAAGAAGAGAUUAGAAGAGGAAGAAAAACAAAGACAAGAAGAAGAAAGAAAGAUUGCUGAAAAGAAGAGAAUCGAAGAAGAAAAGAAGAAACAAGAAGAAAGAGAAUUAGAAGAAUUAGAGAGAAGAGCAGCUGAAGAAUUAGAAAAAGAAAGAAUUGAACAAGAAAAGAGGAAGAAAGAAGCAGAAGAAAAGAGGAAGGCGAAGGAAGAAGAGGAAAGAAAACAAGAGGAAGAGAGAAUGAAGAAGAUAGAAGAAGCAAGAAAACUCGCUGAAGAAGAAAAGAAGAGAUUGGAAGAAAUAAGAAAGAGAACAGAAGAAGCAGCUCAGAAACAUGCUGAAGAAGAGAAAAAGAAAUUAGAAGAAAUCAGAAAGAGAAUGGAAGAAGAAUCAUUGAAACGUGCUGAAGAAGAAAAACAGAGAUUAGAAGAAUUAAAGAGAAAAGCUGCUGAAGAAGCUCAAAAACGUGCAGAAGAAAGAAAGAGAAUUGAAGAGGAAGAAGAAAGACAAAGAGAAGAAGAGAGAAAGAGAAAGGCAGAAGCAGCAAGAAAACAAGCUGAAGAAGAAGCAAAAAGAAGAGAAGAAGAAAGAAAGAGAAAAGCAGAAGAAGAGGCAGAAAAGAAGAGAAGGGAAGAAGAAGCAAAGAGACUUGCAAACGAAGAAAAAGAAAGAAAAUUAGCUGAAGAAGAAGCAAAGAAGAGACAACAAAGAGAAGAAGCAGAAAGAAAGAGAGCAGAAGAAGAUGAAAGAAGAAGAAAAGAAAAGGCCGAAAAGAGAAGACAAAGAGAAGAAGCAAGAAAGAAAGCUGAAGAAGAAUCAAAGAAAUUACAAGAACAACUUCAAAAAAUGGCUGAUGAAGAAGAAAAACAAAAAGAAGAACAACUCAGACAAAAAGCUGAAGAAGAAGCAAAGAAGAAGGCUGAAGAAUUAAAGAGAAAAGCUGAAGAAGAUGCUCAAAGACUCAAAGCUGAAAUGGAUGCAAAGAAGAAGGCUGAAGAAGAGGCAAAGAAAGAAGCAGAAAAAGUUGUUGAAAGAAGCUUAAACUUAGAUGAAAAUGAAGAACCAGUUGUUGUCGAAAGAAGUAUUAAUUUGGAUGAAAAUGAAGAAGAACCAAUUGUCAUUGAAAGAAGUAUAGAAGUGGACGGAGAAAUGAAUGAAGAAGGAAAUGCAGAUGAUGAUGAAAUUGCAGUUGUUACAACAAAGACAAAAGUAACAAGAACAAAGAAGGCAAGAAAAUCAUCAAGUGCAAAAGAUAAAAAUGAUAACAACUCAAAUAAGAAUAAUAAAACAAAGCAGAAAAUUGUCAAAAUCAAGAGGAAAAUCCGUUCAUACGAUUCCAUCAUUUGCAAAUGCAUCAAUCCAAUAUUCAUCAUCUUAAUCGUUAUCUUCUUAAUCCUUCUCUUACUUACUCAACAUUUCUUCUAUGAACAAAGAGUUCAACAGUAA